AUGCGACGGCAGCAGGGUAUGCGUUUAGAUGAGAGAUACGUUCCGUACUUGCAGAUGGUCGGGUUAUACCAUCUUGCCCGGCUGAACGAGAGAUGGUUUAGGCUGGAUGAGCCCCUGUUUAGUGCAUUCGUGGAGCACUGGCAUCCGGAGACGCACAUGUUUCAUAUGCCGUUCGGGGAGUGCACCAUUACACUGCAGGACGUAGCGUACCAGUUAGGACUGCCGAUCGAUGGACAUUAUAUUAGUGGUUGCCUGACAGAUUUUCAGACGUAUAUCGAGGGUGAUCGGCCAGCUUGGGUGUGGUUCGAGGAGCUGCUGGGUGCAUUACCUCCUGCGAACCAAAUCCAGAAGUUUGCAGUGAACUGCAGCUGGUUCCAGGAGACAUUUGGAGAGCUUCCUGAGGGAGCUGAUGAGCCCACUGUUAGGAGGCUUGAGGACAUGAGUGGGUACAGCUGGGGAUCACCUGCUCUCUCUUGGUUAUACCGGUGCAUGUGCCGCGUGGCGAACAGACACGUGCUGGCCUUUGGCCUCGAGACGGAUGAAUUAGCUCUCACCAUCGGCAUGAUGAAGGCCGAGAUCUCAUGA